GUCUGUCGAGGAGGGUUGGGGGGCCGGAGCGUGAGCCCCGUCCGACCGAUCUGUGCGCCAGCGAGCUGAAUGUCGCCAGACACCGGACUGAUAUACGGGGAAGCGCAGGAAAAUGCAAAUACGGAUAAAUACGAGAAAUUCAACGACGUGAUUGCGCAGAUAUCAGGCUACGGCGCGCGUGUGAAAGGAUGCAGAAGUGGUUUAUUAUUUAACUAGUCGGGUUUAUUAUGAUCGUGUUAUAUAAAAUCGAGCCUCGUUUUAUAACUAAUUUUUAAUCACCGUUAUUAAGGUUUGUCACUGAUGUCUGCGUCAGUCAUGUAGGUUGCGCUGCGUAUCGGAGGUGUGACCGGUGCUGUCACUUAUUACUCUGUGUUUUCGUGCACUUCUGCCGAUGGUCUGAGGAGGUUUUGCUGGCAGGUGAUUAGAUAAUGGGGGGGAAUCUGGGCUGUCACCGGCCGAUUCCGAAAGAUCCGGAUGAUUUCUGUCACAGCAAACGAAAGUAUAGCGCGGCCUGCAACUUCAGUCAUAUAAUGGUCAAUCAGGAGCGACUCAACAUUAACACGGCCACCGAAGAGGAGCUGAUGACCCUGCCGGGGGUGAACCGCACUGUGGCGCAGAACAUUGUUGAGUACCGCGAAUGCAUCAAAGGUUUCAAGAAAGUAGAGGACCUAGCACUGGUGAGCGGGAUAGGUGCUGCCAAACUGGAGGUCAUUAAACUGGAAAUAUGCGUCAGCAACAGAACUGGUUCCGUGCAAUAUUCUCCUUCCUCCGCACGCCAGAACCACGAACGCUUGGCAUACACCGGCAUGAACAUUAACACUGCUACGCAGGCACAGCUUGUCAGCAUCCGCGGCAUAACGGAGAAGAUCGCCAAAAACAUUGCUGACUACCGAACGCAGCACGGCCCAUUCAAAACUAUAGACGAUCUGGUGAAAGUCAGUCACAUCAAUUUUUCUCUGCUGGACAAAAUAAGGUCCCAGGUUUUUGUGGAGCGCUCCAGGGCGCCUUCCACCAACACAAACGGCGGGCUGACUUAUACCAACAGAUCACACGCGAGCCCCACGUCUCUGAGUCUUCGGAGUGAUGAUCUGGACCUUCCACCUGGAGGCCCGGCGGAAAUCAUCUCGACACGACCCAAAGUGGAGGUGUUCUUAGGAACGCGCGACAGCAAAGCCGCGGUGCGAGUGGCCACCUGGAGUUUGCAGAGCUGCACCAUCGAGAAAGCAAACAACCCAGGCGUGAGAGAGGUCGUGUGCAUGACGCUUCUGGAGAACGGUAUCCAGCUCCUAGCUGUUCAGGACCUGGCUGACAGAGAGGCCUUAGAGAAGUUCUGCACGGAGCUGAACCAAGGCAGCUUGGCCAGCAUCCGGAGAUGGAAAGCCUCCCGGGGGACGUGGAAAUGUGCCGUUUCGGAAAAGCCAGCGAGGCAAUCCCACAAGACUGUGGAGUUUUCCGGAUUCCUGUGGGACACCAGCCCCGGCAUCGAGAUGAAGGACGCCACCCUCAUGGAGAGUGUGGUCGUCAAUGGGAACGGCAGCCACGGCUACCCGCGACCUUACCUCGCUCAUUUUAACAUUGGGUCGUCGGCGCUGACUGUUGUGAACGUUCGUUUGAGGGGUCCAGUCCCUGAGGGAGAAACCAACGGGAGGAACCACUCUGAGUCCCACAAGGCUUUGCGCUUCACCGACAGCAUGCAGGAGAUCCUGAGAGGAGAGAAAGACGUGAUGGUGCUGGGAGAGUUUGGGCGUCCAGCAGACAGCGGAGAGCUCGACCUCCUGAAGAAGGAGAAGUUCAGCGCUCUUAUACCUCCUAACAUAUACACAAACAUCAGCACCAAGUCUCCCCAGGGCUCCUCCUGCCUUGACAACAUCUGGCUGAGCCGGUCACUCAAGAAAGCUUAUACAGGUCACGCUCUGGUGGUGAGGGAGGGCCUGACGAAUCCCUGGAUCCCCGAUAACUGGUCGUGGGGCGGGGUGGCAUCCGACCACUGUCCUGUCCUUGCGGAGAUCUAUGCUAACGUGGGCAAAAAGGAGGAGAUGGGAAACGGCAGCGCUGUGCCAGUGGUGGAACGUUGCGAGAGCGCAUCCAAGCACGAGCGCUGACCCGAGCCCCUGCCCUCCGAUUGGACGCUUUUGGUCCGCAGACAGGAAAUGACAUCACGGGAUCCUGCUCUGCCGUCCAGGCUCAUAUUGUGGCAAGAUUAAGUUUACCUACUAAUGUGAACAGCACCAAGAUUGCCUUUUUAAUUCGUCUUCCAUGUACAGUAGAGGUGAUAUUAUAUUAUCAAUAUUAUUAUAAAUAGCCAAUAAGUGCAUAUGGUUUAUAUUACGGGCGCUGAAAUGUGCCAAAACCUCCCAGGAGGAAACUUUGUUAAUUAUAUCUGGUCCUUCCUCUUGUCUAAAACAGCUGCUAACUGAGGGACACUUUUAGACGCUCUAUAACAUGAGAAUCCCCGUGAAACCUCCUUUUACGUAUGCGGCCUUCUAAAGGUCAGAAUCGAUACCUUAAAAUAAAUCCGUCGUGAAAGAAAAUGAAGCACUAAAGCCCCAAAGUCUCCAAAUGAUGGGGCCUCUAGUGCAGGUGCCUUUUCAGACAAGGGCUUGGUCUCGAGAAACAUCUGUUGCUGAGUAGGUACCUUUUAUAUGACGUUGUGUUUAUCAGAUAAGAGGCAAAAAACUGUUUCUGAUAUAAUGUGUAAACAAUGUUAUUUUCCGAACUUGGUUUUACUGGGAUAAGAUAUUCCUUUGGGCCCCCACACCCCCCCGCCCCCCACGCUUGCUUCUUAUGAAGACUGUGCUGCCCUCUAGUGGCGUCUCUGUGUCUGCGCUCUUUGGCUUUUUCAGAAAAUUCCGUCACCGGCAGCCUCAUGAAAAUGCGGAGAGUGACCUGGAUAUACUGCUGUCCAAACAAGUUUGAGGAGGGGGGGGGGGGGGACUGUUUCUACAGUUAUGCAUCUCGGCAGGUGUAUUGUGGCAGGGCAGCCAAAUGUUUUCAUGCAGUUGACCUGGUGAAUACAAGACAGGAAGAGGAAAUGGAGCCGCACCCACAGAUACGUCUGAAACAACGGCACCACUGCAGCCUCGGGUUCUGAAGCACAGCAGCCCAGAAAGCCUCCACCGCCUGUCUUAAAGCUCAGGAAGAACGGGGGGCAGCGAGUUCAGAGGUUUUGUUGAACUGGUCGGUUCAUUUGAGUUCAGUGUCCAGAGUGGGGGGGGCUGCCUGGCUUAUUGAGGGCCCCUAAGAAUAGAGUUGAAUGGAACUGCUCUGAAGUAUGAAGAACAAAGCCGCCUGUUGGCUAUUUAUUUAUUUUUCCUGUUUCUAGCCCGUUAAUUGGAUAGAAUCGUAUCCAUAUUUUGUUCUGCUAUCCGUGCUAAAAAUAUCCACGAGUAACUAAUUAUUUUAUUUUAUUUAUUUUUUUUAACCUGCAGUGCAAUUUACACAAAUAGUCGCCAAAAGCAGUUCAACUGGCAAAUUACUUGUUUAAUCCUUGUCUCUCUAUUGUCAUGCGCUGCAGUGAUUUCAGGUCACAGUUCAAGAAUGUUUCCUUAAAGACGUUAAUAACAAAGCUGGCCGUCAAGGAAAAUACUGUUUUUGUUUUUUAAGUCUUUAUGAAAAGGCGAAAUACUGCCCUCCGCAGGUUAAUUUUAGAAAUAAAAGCACAAGACUUCCCCCAAACAGGAGCUAAACGAGAGCAGGACUCACACUACUUAAAUGCCCAUGUUCGAAUAAUAUAAAAGUGUGUGUGUGUGUGUGUCGGUAUUCACCAUAACAGUGAAUCACUCUCUGACUAUUUUACCUUUUUUAUUAUGUUGUAAAGAUUGUCCAACUCAUCUGCAGGUUUCAAGACAAGGUACAUCAGGGAAAAAUCUGUGUGGCGUGUGUCUGGUCUGUAGCAUUGUAAUGUUCAGCUCCUGAAUUAUGUGUCCCAGAUUUGACUAUGCAGUGAAGCAAUAUAAAGGCUAUUGAGGGACGUGCACUGCAAGCUGUGGAACGAGAUGCCAUCCAUAGCUGUGUGUUUGCGUUUGUAAGCUGUCUUCAAUGGAAGUUCCCCAAAGUAACAGCCAUGUUACUGCUGUGCUGUCGCUUCAUGACCCACCUGUCACUGUAUUCCUUCCCUUUAUCUGCUCCUUUUGGCCAGAGCGGCAAAAUAAAAACUGGAUACAUGGCAAA